AUGCGAUUCAAAAUAAUAGAUGAUACCAGGUCUUUUAUAUACGAGAUAGAAGGAACAAAAACAAUAUCUGAUCUGUACGAAGGAAUAGAGAGUAAAGUAGGAAGUAAAAGAUUCCUUUUCAAGGGAGUUCCAAAGUGCUUGGUUGAGAGGGCAGACUGUCCUAUCAUGGAGACAUUCACUGACCUUGAAUGCAUCUAUGCAGAGGCCUCAAAGGAAGUGAAGGGGCCGGUAGAAACAACUGUAAAUACCCUGACAGAUGAAAAUAUGGUGUUCUCUAUCUUUGAGGUACCAAGUGAUAAUUCAUGCCUUUUUCACUCACUCAGUGAGCUUUUGAAUGCAAAGAGCAGCAGUGAGCUGCGGAAAAUGGUUGCUAAUGAAAUUCUGCAGCACCCAAAGAAGUUCAUGUCCUACAUUGAAAAAACACCUUUUGAGUAUUCCACAUGGAUAGUGCAGCCAGACAUCUGGGGAGGUGCAACUGAAAUAACCAUUAUAUCAAAGAUAUACAGAACUAAGGUCACUGUCAUUGAUAAUGCCCAAAGGCUCUAUGAAUUCGGAGACGAGUUCAGGUCAGUUGUGUAUCUCUCGUACUCAGGGUCGCACUAUAAUGCCGUGGUUGCAAAGGACCGGAAUGGAAACGUAGUGAGAAAGUUCCCAUGUGGUGACAAAUCGGCAGAAGAAAAGGCAAAAAAGGUAGUGCAGGAAUUCUUUAGGUCAUAG